CGAACUGUUGUCUGCUGCUGUCGUCGGCCGCAACAACUCUAAAAGCACAGCUGGAGCUCGUGACCCAAACUCGUGAUUUACAUACAUUUUCACGCAAACUCUAAUGAUCACACGGUAUCAAGAAGCUUCCUUCAAGUAACUUGGUUUUCUUCUCCGGAAAUUGAAAGUGACUGAGCCGUCAACCAUUUAAUUCCUACGAUGUCGCGAGUAAUGAAGAAAAAGGUGUUACUGAUGGGCAAGAGUGGCUCAGGAAAGACAAGUAUGAGGUCCAUCAUAUUCGCAAAUUACAUCGCCAGAGAUACGCGGAGACUUGGAGCUACAAUCGACGUCGAGCACUCUCAUGUAAGAUUUCUUGGCAACCUUGUCUUGAACCUAUGGGACUGUGGAGGGCAAGAAGCUUUCAUGGAAAAUUACUUUGCGAGCCAGCGUGACAAUAUCUUCAGAAAUGUCGAAGUUUUGAUCUAUGUGUUUGAUGUCGAGAGUCGAGAGCUGGACAAAGACAUGCACUACUACCAGAGCUGUCUCGAAGCAAUCCUGCAGAACUCGCCUGAAGCCAAAGUCUUCUGUCUUGUGCACAAAAUGGAUCUGGUCCAAGAAGACCAAAGAGACAUGAUUUUCCAAGAGAGGGAGGAUGACUUGAAGCGGCUCUCUAAACCUCUCAAUUGCACAUGCUUUCGCACAUCAAUCUGGGAUGAGACUCUCUACAGGGCGUGGUCUAGCAUUGUUUACAUGUUGAUACCAAACGUCAAAGAGCUGGAACACAGCUUGCAAGAAUUUGCCAACAUAAUCGAUGCGGACGAGGUGCUGUUAUUCGAAAGAGCCACUUUCCUCGUCAUUUCUCAUUCCGAGCGGAGGAGCCACAAAGAUAUUCAUAGGUUUGAGAAAGUGAGCAACAUCAUCAAGCAGUUCAAGCUCAGCUGCAGCAAACUGGCUGCCCAAUUCCAAAGUAUGGAGGUAGUAAAUUCAAGCUUUGCUGCUUACAUAGACAUGUUUACCCCUAACACAUACGUCAUGGUCAUCUUAUCGGAUCCAACCAUCCCCUCUGCCGCAACACUUAUCAACAUUCGCAAUGCAAGGAAGCAUUUUGAGAAGCUGGAAAACCAAAGUCAGCAGGGCCAACUCUUGCCUGCCCGUCCUUAGGUGUGAUCUGCAAAAUUUUCUGUCUAUUUUUAUAAUUGGUGACUUGGAAAAGUGAUAAAAAUGUGACAAAAUAAUUUCUCGGCCGCGGCCAGUGAUACCCAAAAUUUGAUUGUUCAAAGCAGGAUGCAAUUAAAGACGUUUUUAAUUUAA